GGUCCUGAUGGCUGCACCUGAUGAGGCUGUGAGGGCUGCUGAAGAUGUCCGAUAGUCUGGAUAUUGAAGAGAAACCUCCAGCCCCGCCGUUGAGAAUGAACAGCAACAAUCGCGAUUCCUCCGCACUAAACCACAGCUCAAAACCGCUCCCCAUGGCCCCGGAGGAGAAGAACAAGAAAGCCAGGCUUCGCUCCAUCUUCCCAGGAGGAGGGGAUAAAACCAACAAGAAAAAAGAGAAAGAGCGUCCUGAGAUCUCUCUUCCUUCAGACUUUGAGCACACGAUUCACGUGGGGUUUGAUGCCGUCACUGGAGAAUUCACACCAGAUCUCUAUGGCUCACAGAUGUGCACAGGGAAGCUUCCAGAGGGCAUUCCAGAGCAGUGGGCCAGGCUACUACAGACCUCCAACAUAACAAAACUAGAGCAGAAAAAGAACCCACAAGCAGUUCUAGAUGUCCUCAAAUUUUACGAUUCCAAAGAAACAGUUAACAACCAGAAAUACAUGAGCUUUACUUCAGGAGAUAAGAGCGCCCAUGGAUACAUCGCAGCCCAUCCUUCGAGCACAAAGACGGCAUCAGAGCCCCCACUAGCUCCCCCUGUUUCUGAAGAAGAGGAUGAAGAGGAUGAAGAAGAAGAAGAUGACAACGAACCUCCACCUGUUAUUGCACCACGGCCUGAGCAUACAAAAUCAAUCUACACACGCUCUGUAAUUGAACCUGUUGCGGCACCAGCACCAGCUAAAGAAGCCACCACCCCCCAGCCUGAAAACUCGAACACAAACACUUUAUACAGAAAUACGGACCGGCAGCGAAAAAAGUCCAAGAUGACAGAUGAGGAGAUCCUAGAGAAGUUGAGAAGCAUUGUGAGCGUGGGAGACCCGAAGAAGAAAUACACUCGAUUUGAAAAAAUCGGCCAAGGGGCCUCGGGCACCGUUUACACAGCGAUAGACAUCGCCACGGGACAGGAGGUGGCCAUAAAGCAAAUGAAUCUUCAACAACAACCCAAAAAGGAAUUAAUUAUUAAUGAAAUCCUGGUCAUGAGGGAAAAUAAGAACCCCAAUAUUGUUAACUAUUUAGACAGCUAUUUGGUGGGCGAUGAACUCUGGGUAGUUAUGGAGUAUUUGGCAGGAGGCUCCUUAACUGACGUGGUUACAGAGACCUGCAUGGACGAAGGGCAGAUAGCCGCGGUCUGCAGGGAGUGCCUGCAAGCACUGGAUUUCCUACAUUCAAACCAAGUGAUCCACAGGGACAUCAAGAGCGACAACAUCCUUCUCGGGAUGGAUGGAUCUGUCAAAUUGACUGAUUUUGGGUUCUGCGCGCAGAUCACCCCUGAGCAGAGUAAACGCAGCACAAUGGUGGGGACUCCUUACUGGAUGGCACCAGAAGUGGUGACGAGGAAAGCAUACGGCCCCAAAGUUGACAUCUGGUCACUCGGGAUCAUGGCAAUAGAAAUGGUGGAAGGAGAACCUCCUUACCUUAACGAAAAUCCUCUCAGGGCGCUGUAUCUCAUCGCCACCAACGGGACGCCGGAGCUGCAGAACCCGGAGCGCCUCUCCGCCGUCUUCCGCGACUUCCUGAACCGCUGCCUCGAGAUGGACGUGGACCGGCGAGGCUCUGCCAAGGAGCUGCUGCAGCAUCCGUUUUUAAAACUAGCCAAGCCUCUCUCCAGCCUGACUCCUCUGAUCAUUGCAGCAAAGGAAGCGAUAAAGAACAGCAGCCGCUAGCACUCCAGGCUGGUCUUCUCCCAGCCAGCUCCCUCCGGAGCAGGACUGAACAAAAACUCUGUAAAACCUCAACUCUUGUGCUGCAGGACACAUGGAUGGACAGACAGUCACAGUCAUGGUGGUAGCAGGGAGGAGGGGAGAACAACUGUUCUCCGGUGUCCCCGUCCCCCCCCCCACCCCGAGGAAUAGAAACUUAUCACGUGUCUUCUUCCUGCUUCCCGGCUCCUUAAUUUAUUUCUAAGAUGAAACAGGGCUUAAGACAGAGAGGUAAUGACAGAAGCUGCUUUGCUGUCUCAGCCGUUUCCAAGGUAAAGCAAACUCAGUUGGAGGAUUCCCUUCCGUCUCACCCUGUGAAUAAGCUGUACAUUCACUUUUAAAUUGUCAGUUGUUUCUUAAAGAUGCAAAGUCCCAAAAAUGGUUUUUUUUGGUAUGGUUUGGAAUUGGAGAAGGGUCCUCCUUCAUUUGCGCACUCCAGACUGCAUCGCCUUUUGAACACAGCGCUCGCUGGUGUUUGCUCGCUCAUGGUACGCCCAGCCGCAGAAGAAUUGCAUUUCCAGCCAAAAAUGAAUCAAGAGUGGAGCAGACAAAACAUCCUGUUGAGAUACAGGGUUUCAACUGUGAAUAUAUAGUGUUUCAGUUCUUGACAGUUUGGUUUGUGUAACUAAUUGUAAUAUGUUUGCCUGGGUGAGAGUCUUAUUAAAAUGGAAGAAGAAAACGAUGAGCCGGAGUGCUCGGAAAGGGCUYGUUGGAUGGAAGUGAAGGGUGAUGGCAGGCGGCCGGGAUCGAGUCCUGCAGCACCUUGCAGGGCAUCCUGGAGCCUCUUGGCCUCRGGCGCCGCAUUUGGAGCAGAAGCAGAAGCAAAGUGGCUGCGGAUGCCAGUCUGAAGCCACCAUUAAUCAUCCGUCUCAGAUCAGCCCCCUGGGGCUCGUGCAGGAGCAGGGACGGGUGGAGCCCAUCCUGGCCCUUCGCGCUCGUGGCUCCAUUGCAGCCGCAGCAGGAGGGGGCCUGGGCAGGCAGUGUCCUCCUGAGCUGGCAGAGAGGUUUCCAGGGUUGGRCUCUGCUCAGCCCAUGCAGCAAACAACUUUGGAAGAAACCGCACUUGGACASCAAGUGAGAGCUAAGGGUUGAUGGCAGAAACUCGCAGGGCUCUGAAAGUGGCCGCCUUCCUGCUCUCCAGGGAGCAGUGAGUUGCUGGCAGAGCAGCCCUGGCAAGGGCAGAGUGCUGCUCUGUACAGAGCAGGGUAGGUUACACAGGCUGUUGUCAGGGUUUUAUCCUUUUUAAGAGAGAGAUGCAGCCUGACKUCACUCAGAAAAAGCUUAUUUUUUGCUGUGUUGUAGCGGUACUCUAAAAAAAAAAAGAAAAAAACCCUUCAAAACAGCUUCUGGAUCAUGGCUGUCCUAACCUAGCAAACACACAUGAGGAAGCUGCAGCCCUCUGGGUUCAGGCCUGAUCCUGCAAAAGGCUGAGYAGCCUCUAAGGUACUGAAGAUGCUGAUGUUUUGCUGGUACGAAUGAAGGGUGCUGGGGCUSUGCCUGAAUAAGGCCAUUAGCUAAUUUGGUUUUGGCUCCUUCCUUACAGUCCAGGUGUCGUGACUGUCGCUGCUGCUUCGCCCGUGCACUCCCGUCCRGCCGGGGCCAUUGGCUGCCCAGGCGCUGCGCUCGCUAGGAUUUAACCUUUCCCAAGUGCCCGGGAGCAA